UCUCCCUCUCUCAGUGUGUGUGUGUGUGUGUGUGUGUGUGUAGAGCCCCACCCUGCAUCCUUGAGCGUGCAUCAUCACCACCACCAUCAUCAUCAUCAUCACACACCACGUUUCUUCCAGCAGGAGAAUAAUAACGGUUCACCUCACGGAGAUGGAACAUCAGCCUCCUCAUCAUCCUCAACACCAUCAUCAUCUGUGGCUAUGACACGGACACACCGGGCGGGAAGGAUGACUCUGAGCAGCCGGGAAAUGUUGUGCUUGAUCGGCACCAGCCUCUGGCUGCCGCUGCUGGCGGAGGUGGUGUCUGAGGACAGCUACUUAAACGAGGUGCAGAACUCAGUGCCUCUGUCCUGCUCUGAGGGAUUCACUGAGUUGGGAUACUACAAUGGCACAGUGUCCCAGACGGACUCUGGCGCCCCCUGUCUGAAGUGGACCGAGUUUCCAGACUAUGUCAUGCAGUACCCAGGCCGAGGACUGGGAGACCACAACUUCUGCAGGAACCCGGACCGGGAGUCCAACCCCUGGUGUUUCUUCAGGCAAAACUCUGGAGCCAUAGGUUGGGCCUACUGUGACUGUCACCAGGGCGCAGCUCGUCUGGUUGGCAGCUCGUCCGCGGGCAGUGGACGUGUGGAGGUCUACCUGAACGGCCAGUGGGGGGCGGUGUGUGACUCACACUGGACGGACAGAGACGCCACUGUGAUCUGCAGGCAGCUGGGCCUGGGUGACAUUGGCACAGCGUUGCAGCAUUCCCAGUUUGGAUCAGGCUCUGGCCUCUUUCACUAUGAGCGCCUGGGUUGCCGCGGGGAUGAGAACACCCUGAGUAAGUGCCAGAGCAGGACGUUCGUCACCGGCGACUGUAGCCAUGGAAACGAGGCAGCGGUGCAGUGUGCGCCACCAGAAGGCAGUGGCCCUCCGCUGCGUUUGGUCGGAGGUGAGGAAGACUUCGAAGGCCGAGUGGAGGUGUUUCACGCUGGGAGGUGGGGUUCUGUCUGCGACGACCAGUGGGACGACAGGGAUGCUGAAGUCGUGUGCAGACAGCUCGGUUUUGGUGGUGUGGCCAAGGCUUGGUCAUGGGCUCACUUCGGUCAGGGUUCCGGCCCGAUCCUGCUGGAUGCCGUGAAGUGCACAGGAAAUGAGCUUUUCCUGGAUCAGUGUCCCCAUGGUGACUGGGAACAGCACAACUGUGACCACAUGGAGGAUGCUGGGGUCUCCUGCAGCCCUUAUACAGACGGCGUGGUGCGUCUGGUGGGAGGCGACAGUCCCUGGGAGGGUCGAGUGGAAGUGUUCCACAACGGCGACUGGGGGACGGUGUGUGACGACCACUGGACUCAGCAGCAUGCGGAGGUGCUGUGCAGACAGCUGGGCUACAGGGGUCACGCUGAGGUCGUGUCAGACGGUGCGUUCGGGGAGGGCGCCGGCCUGAUCCUCCUGGACGACGUGCAGUGCGAGGGGUCCGAGACGUCGCUGCUGGACUGUCAGCACGGGAUCUGGGGACGGACCGACUGCUCUCACAGCGAGGACGUCGGCGUUCGCUGCAGGAGUCGAUCCGGCCACGAGACCAACGAGGUGCCGGUGAUUGCACCGUCUACAGGUCCCCUGGUGCGUCUUGUGGGAGGCAGGAGAGGAAAGGAGGGUCGAGUGGAGGUGUAUCUCCAUGGCGACUGGGGGAGUAUUUGCGACUCAGGCUGGAACGACCUGAACGCCGCUGUAGUGUGCAGACAACUCGGACACAGCGGUGGAGCCGUAGCUGCCGGAGGGUUCGGUCAGGGCAAAGGUCCCAUCCACCUGGACCAGGUGAGGUGUACGGGCAAGGAGGAGUUCCUGGGAGAGUGUCCCACUCUGGGUCAGAGCUUCCAGAGCUGCAGGCGCAGAGAAGACGCGGGUGUGAGGUGUGACGUCACGCCGCAGGAGUCGCUCCCGACGAAGGCCGAGGCUCAAGAGCCGAGCUGUGGACUGAGGAAGCUAGUGGAGGAGGAGACAAAGAGGAGGAACCAAGGAGAGGGAAACAUGCUCAUGACCACGUGGCCGUGGCAGGUGUCCGUGUGGCUUCAGUCCGAGGGAAAAGACGACGGCCCCCUGUGCAGCGGCACUCUGAUCAGCCCCUGCUGGGCCCUGACCUCUGCACACUGCGUCAGAGGGUACGGCAGCGAUCCAUCCAAGUACGCGGUGCGUGUCGGAGCGUCGGAGCAGACGGUCACUCCGGAGCAGGUGGUGGUCCAUAGGAAGUACAAGGGUCAGAGUGGAGGUCAUGAUCUGGCCUUGCUGAAGCUGCCCAGCACCAAGGGUCACUGUCUGACCUUCGACCCUAACACGAACGCAGCAUGCCUUCCAGCCACAGACACAGAAUCGGGAGGGAGUGCUCCAUCUUCAUGUGUCGUCAUCGUUAGUGCAGGAUGGACCGGUGCAGACUCAGUUCUCGCAUCCUGGGUCCCUCUGAUGUCGUCAUGGCAAUGUAAGAAGCGCUAUGGCGACAGCUUCUCCAGCCACGGCACACUGUGCGCAGGCAGUCCUCCAGACACUAGCCUCCUCCAUGGCAACAGUUGCCAGGGUAACUCCGGAGGCGGGCUGGUGUGUCAGGGUGAGACGGGUCGAUGGUUCCUCGCCGGGGUUGUUGCUGGGGGUUUCAGCUGCGCUGACCCUUCGUCUCCUGCUCUGUACACUCGGGUCAGUCGCUUCCGGAGCUGGAUCGACGAGGUCGUCGACGUGCGUGCGCCUCCCCAUCAGACACAAGAGGAUCUGACACACAGCGACCUGGCGCGCGCGCACGAGGAGCACGCACGCACAGAAGGCAGAGAUGAGUACGCCCACGUGCACGGCGAGCUCAACCGCGCACACGAGCAACCGCAGAACAACGAAAUCGGCGAGAUCAAAGCGAAACACACACACGCUCACCACUCACACGCUCGUCAGCACAUGAACACACACGCCCACCGUGUAGGGGAAUCAGACACAAACACACAAAUCCUGGACUGAUGGGGUUCAGCUAUUGGCUUACCAUCUGUGCCAAGUGACCGCCUGAGGAGAAGGAGGAGGAGGAGGAGGAGAGAGAGUGGGAGAAAGAGUGAGCGAGAGAGAAAGAGAAAGGAAGACAACACCUAGCUUUGACUGCAAUGAUGCUCUGUAAAAAAUGGCCGUGUCUGAACCCAGUGUUGUGAAUCACAGGUGUGGAUCACUGUCAAAGAGAGACAGUGUUCGGUGAGUUACAGCCUGUUAAGAGUCAAACCAGUGACUGAUGCAUCAGCAGUGAGCUUCGGCUGAGCCUGGCACAUCAGUGUGACCCUGAAAAUCCAAAACAAAAACAAAAAAUCAGCAUGGCAUAUUAGUAACACGAUGGUGACGUGAGACUCUGUGCUCAAACUAACCCAUCACUGUGUCCUCCGUGUGCACUCUUGGAGGAUUUAGGUUCAGUAACCAAAAAAAUCAGCAAACCAACCAUCACAGGAUUUAUUGUUAAGGCAUCAGUGUCUCUGAGAUUAUUACUGCAGAUAAAGGCCGUACUGCUGCUGCUGCUGCUGCUGAUGCUGCUGCUGCAGCUGCUGAGAAUAGAAAUGGAUGAAAAUUCUGAGGGUGGGUGAUGCUGCUUUUCUUAAACAGGGCUCCUCUCUUCAGGCUGUUGUCUUAUACCUUUACUGGUGCAAGUGCUGUUGCUCAUUUAGACCCACGACUAAGCUACUGUAUUUAGCUGGAGACCAUACCAGUGUUUUUUGCUCCGUACGUCACAGUCACACCCUAAAACACAUGUUGUGUUUUAGGGUUAAAAAAACAAACUGACAUCAAAUCGGCCAUUCCUCUGCUUUAGACAUCUCAAAACCAGAGACAGAGACAUAUUUAACACUAAAGAAAAGUGGUUCUUAGUUCUUAAAUGCUGUGUAAAAUAACAUUAUUUAUAUAGCUGUAGUAAUAUUGGCACUAUUAGUAGUAUUAGUAGUACUUUUCAGGCCAAAAACAUGUGAACAGAAUGUUUUGUGUAACAGGAACGGCAUCUCUGUUGCCAUUUGCACUCAUAACAGUUGUCUUGUCAUCUUAUCAACUGACUAUAAAAGUGAGGCAGCGUGUUUAAAGUCACAACCUACUUUCUACUUAAUAAAAUCCCUGUAAAAGGGACAUUUAUUUCAACAGUUGUACUGUUUCAAACUGUUCUCCCUCUCAACGUUUGUUGUAAAUGCCAUUAAUCUUCACCUCUGCACAUGCAGCGGAUGGUUUCCAUUGAUUUCCAUGCAAUAUAGAAAUCAAUGAACACACUCUUUAAACUUGUGGAAUCCACAAGAAAUGUAAAAUGCCAUAGUUUCAAUACAAAAAUAGAUUUUUUUUUUUUUUAAAUUAAUAAAUAAAUGCAGCUUUUAAGAGCUUUCUAAUUGAUUUCCAGUCCAAAGGGGAAACAAAGGAAACAGUGGUUUCCUGUGAAACAGUAAACGUGUGCUGUAAAACAUGAGGUUUCGUCGGAGUAAAACUUGCAAAAAAAAAACAUGCAAAAACACUCGUAUGGUCCUUUAAAAUUGUACAGGACGAUUCUUUCUUUCUUUCUCUUCUCAAAGCCAUCAGACGUCGACUGUCGCGUCAUAGACUUUCCUUUUGUAGUGACUCCCGCGUGUUACACAUAGACAGCUAGAAGUAGAUUAGUACGUGUACUGCAUUCAUCCUUACUCCUGACUUAGAUAGAAGAACUGUUGAAGUGUGUGCUCUGACCAGAAGAUGGCGACAUUGGUCUAUUAUCACGGGGCCACAGGUUGUUGGAUAAAAUGUGGCCCUGAUGGUUCUUUUUUUUAUAUACUUUCAGUGUAAUAUGACUUGUGCUUUGAUGUGUCGUGAACCACUGUGUUGUGAGCCUCUUGUAACCUGCUACUGCUGUUUUCUCCAACAUGGACGUGUCCAAUGCCCGUUGUUAUGAUCGUGUACAUAAAACCUCCAGCCCGUCGCCGCUCCUUCCUUCCCUCCUUCCUUCCUUCCUUUCUUCCUUCCUUCCUUUCUUGGACUUGAUGUUUUACCAUGCAGACGCUGCAGGUUAAUGUAAAUACUGUGUGUCCACAGCUGGAUGGCUUUGAGUUUGUCGAACCCAUCAGCUGUUUCUCAGUGUAAUGUGCUGAAUCAUGGUUGAGUAUUAAAACAUGUCGUCACUGGUG